AUGAAUGCAGAAAGCAGAGAGUGGAGAGAUAUGGUAGGUGGAACAAGAGGCAAGAAGAGAGGGCACCCGUUGUUGAGGUGGAGUAUGAAACAAGAAAGUUUUAGUCAUGGCUUCUCACAAUCUGACCUUCAGGCUCUCUCUGCCAUCUGCGAGGCUAUUAUGCCUCCUGUUCAAUUACAGAGCUUAGAUCUUGAGAUGAAGCUGAAAGUUUUACGCAAUGAUGCCCUCUUAUCUUUCUUCAAGUCUUCUGGCUCUCAUGUCAGACCUGAUGAGGUAGCAGAAGUAAUGGCGACAAAGGCAAUGCCAAUAACAGUUACAGUGGUGAGAAUAGUUUUGAGACUACUCACAUUCAGAUUGGGAACGUUGCUGCUAUGUGGGUUUGUCUGUCUUGAUAAGAAGAAUAGGUCUCUCCGUCUUCUCAAAUUCACUGACAUCUCGCUUGAGAAGAGGGAAAAAGUUCUCCAGAAAUGGAACAUGCAGUGGUAUAACCCUCUCGCAAGAAUUGCUUUUAUGAUGAUCAAAGCCAUCUUCCUGUUCUACUACUUCACCUGGACAAAUGAAAAUACAGAGAACCCAGCAUGGGAUGCAAUUGGUUAUACAGUGGACACGACUGAAAACAAGGACACAGAACACAAAGAAAGGCCUCUAGAGAAAGGGAUCAUCGAGCCCACAAAAGAAGACGACGUAACCCUCAAGCAACGUAUGAUCAACAAAGGUCUCAAAGUCUCCGAAGACAAAGAAGCCAACACUUUCAAAAUCGAAUGCGACGCAGUAGUAGUAGGUUCGGGCUGUGGUGGAGGAGUUGCAGCAGCAAACCUAGCAAAAUCAGGCCUCAAAGUAAUAGUCCUCGAGAAAGGAAACUACUUCGUACCCAAAGACUACUCAACUCUCGAAGGCCCUUCCAUGUUCGAAAUGUUCGAAGCCAACGGCUUGUUAAUGACUCACGACGGGAGGUUCAGGUUCAUGGCAGGGUCAACUCUCGGCGGCGGCUCGGUGAUAAACUGGGCCGCUUCGUUGAAAACACCAGACGCCAUCAUCGAAGAAUGGUCAAAGGAAAGAGGGAUUGCAAUAUUUAAUAGAGACGAAUACACAGCAGCCAUGGAAAGUUGUAAGGCGGAGAAGCUGAUCUUAACCGAUACAGAUAGUGGAAAAAGAAAAAAAUGUUUAGGAGUUACAGCUUCUUUAACAAACGAAAUCACAAAGAAGAUUCAAAUCAAUGCUAAAGUGACGGUUAUAGCAUGCGGCUCGCUGAUGACACCGGAGCUGUUAUCAUCAAGCGGGUUAAAGAAUCCAAACAUUGGUCGUAAUCUCCACAUUCACCCUAUACUAAUGGCGUGGGGGUAUUUCCCUGAGAAAAACUCUGAUUUCAACGGAUCAGCACACGAAGGAGAGAUCAUGACGUCACUACACUACGUAUUCGAAAUAGACUCUAAAACACCUAACAUCACGUUAGAGACUCCAGCGUUAGGACCUGGAACAUUCGCAGCUCUCAUCCCGUGGAUCUCAGGAUCAGAUAUGAAGAAUAGACUCGCGAAAUACACAAGAACGUCUCACAUAUUCGUGAUGGUGCGUGACGAAGGCGUUGGGGAAGUGAAAGGAGGGAUAGUGAAAUACAAAUUAACGAGCGGAGACGAAAGGAAUCUUACGAUAGGGUUGAGGCAAGCGCUGAGGAUAUUGGUAGCGGCGGGUGCGGAGGAAGUGGGGACGUAUAGGAGCGAUGGACAGAGAUUGAAGUGCGACGGAAUCGAGGAGGAGGAUCUGGAGGUGUUUUUGAGAGAGGUGGAUGCGCCACGUGGAGUUGUGUCGACGAGUAGGUUUUGGACUCAUUCGUUUACGGCGCAUCAGAUGGGGUGUUGUCGUAUGGGAAAGACGGAGGAGGAAGGAGCUGUUGAUGGAUAUGGAGAGAGCUGGGAGGUGGGGGAUUUGUUUGUGUGUGAUGCGAGUGUUUUGCCUACGGCGAUUGGUGUUAAUCCUAUGGUUACGAUUCAGAGUACUGCUUACUGCAUAUCUAAGAGAAUAGCUGAGUUGAUGAAGACGAGGAAGAAGAAGAAGCGAGAUUGAGAAUAAAUGUUUUUUAAGUUUCGAGUUUUGUUCCCUAUAUUAUCAUAUUUCUAUCAACACAUAAUAUUAAAUCUCCAGAAGAAUUCGAAUCUAGGAUCCAUGAACCCAGUUUUAU